ACCAAAAGAAAAUGCAAUCCACAUGCACCCACCACCUCUCAACACAACCUUCAUGGCUUCUUCUUCUUCUUCCUUCAUGCCUUGGUCUCCUCUUCCUCCUCAAACAAACCUUCUACCUCCUCCAAUGGCUCUACGCAACCUUCUUCAGAUCCCACAAAGACCUCACGAGCUACGGCCCAUGGGCCCUGGUCACCGGACCCACAGACGGCAUAGGCAAGGCCUUUGCACACCAACUAGCCCUCCAUGGCCUAAACUUGGUCCUAGUCAGUAGAGACCCCAUCAAGCUCAAUGCAGUCUCAAGUGAUAUCCAAUCAAGUUUCCCAAACAUCAAAACCAAGAUUGUUGUGUUUGAUUUUGCAAGUAAUGAAGGUUUUGGAGUUAUUGAGGAGGUUGUGAAGGGGGUUGAUGUGGGUGUUUUGAUUAAUAAUGUUGGGAUUACGUACCCGAAAGCGAAUUACUUUGAUGAAUUGGAGGAGAAGGUGUGGAAGGAGAUUGUUAGGGUUAAUUUGGAAGGGAUGACUGGUGUUAUUAGAGCUGUUUUGCCAGGGAUGAUCAAGAGAAACAGAGGUGCCAUUGUUAGUAUUGGCUCUGGUGCUGCCAUUGUUGUUCCUUCACAUCCUCUCUUCACCAUCUAUGCUGCCACAAAAGCUUACAUUGAUCAACUAUCAAGGAGUCUGUACAUGGAGUACAAGCAUUAUGGGAUUGAUGUGCAGUGUCAGGUACCACUAUACGUGGCAACAAAGAUGGCAUCCAACGUGGCAUUCAUUGAGGGCCCGUCUUUGUUUGUGCCAAGCCCAGAAGAGUACGCAAGGGCCGCAAUGUCUCGAGUGGGCUACGAACCACGGUGCAUUCCUUACUGGGCUCAUGCGGUCCAGUCUUUCUUGGCCCAAUUAGUUCCUGAGCCCAUUCUAGAUGGUUGGCGUCUCUCCAUUGGUAUCCGCAGGAGGGGCAGCGAUAAGCUUGGCCCACUGGAUUUACAUGUCAAGUAGGCUCGUGUAGCUAGGCCCAUGGGCUUUAGCCCAAUAGCUUAUUACCAAAACUCUAUUUGUGUUAUCGAUCAUGCGAUAAAAUUAAUUUUUAAAUAUAAUUUCUAUUUGUUUGGGAGAACCAUGAGUAGCUCAGAUGAUACUCAUGUGUGUGAUCAUAAAGGUC